AUGUUUCAUGCAUCGGGAGAUUUUGUAUUUUCAGUGCCAAUACUUUUGCUGUUGUUUGCCACACCAUGCUUAGGUUCUUUUGUGAAGGCUGAAAAUAACAUAAAAUCAGCUGUUUUUUUGUCUCCUAAAUUUGAGCUAACACCUGGAUCAGUUAUCAAUAGAUAUUAUUAUGAUAUUGAUUUUCCAAAAGGUCAUAUAGCACUCAAGAGUUUCAAUGCAGAGGUAGUUGAUGAGGCUGGAAAUCCUAUACCUCUUCAUGAAACAUAUCUUCACCAUUGGACUAUUGAACGAUAUCAUCAAAGUAAACAUGUCACGCACACAGAAAAUGAUGGCCACAUGAUGCCUCACAGCUCUGAUAAUGUAAUGGUGAGAAAUAGUGGUAUAUGCCAGGGAGAUAAAAAUGGACAGUACUUUGGCCUUGGAUCUGAAACACGGGGAACGACGACCGAUAUUCCAGAUCCUUUUGGUAUAGAGAUAGGUAAUCCUGAACAAGUUCCAGAAGGAUUUGACGAGAUAUGGAUGGUUAAUGUUCAUGCCAUUGAUACGCGCGGUGUAGAGGAUAAGCUAAGGUGCACGGAAUGUAAGUGUGAGCUUUAUAAUGUUACAGUGGAUGAAUACAGAAAGGCUAUAGGGUCAGGUUAUAAAGGAGGUGUUUUGUGCUGUUAUGAUUAUGCACAGUGCAAGUUGAAAGAAGGAUUUGAGGGACCAAAGAGAAGCCUCUACCUAAGGUACACCGUCAAAUGGAUUGAUUGGGAUGAUUAUAUAGUGCCCCUUAAGAUAUAUAUAAUUGAUGUGACUGAUACAUUGAAACAAUCAGAUAAUUUAAAAGGAAUGAACACAGAUCAUAACUGUAAGGUUGAGUAUCAAAUUGAAUCUUGCAGCACUGAUCAUAAGGGAAAAAAUGGCUGUGUUGAUGUGAAGAAGACAAGUGUUCCACAACAAAAUGGUGGAUAUGUGAUAUAUGGUGUUGCUCAUCAGCAUUCAGGUGGAAUUGGAGCUACCCUAUAUGGACAGGAUGGAAGGGUUAUAUGUUCUUCAAUACCAAGUUAUGGAAAUGGAAACGAAGCCGGAAAUGAAUCGGGGUAUAUUGUUGGAAUGUCGACUUGUUAUCCAAAACCAGGUUCUGUGAAGAUAAUGGAUGGUGAAACAUUAACUCUAGAGUCAAACUACAACAGCACCAAGGAGCACACUGGAGUUAUGGGACUUUUCUACAUAUUAGUGGCAGAACAACUUCCAUACCAACCCUUGAGACAUUCUACUCGUUCUUCAUUUUUCAUGGAGUCAAAUAAUACGCUUUUAGAUAGUUAG